UUCCCUCAUCCACUCACACAUUUAUACCUCUGCACAAUUUUGCAGCAAAAUUGAAAAAUAAAAAAUUCAAUCAUACAGAUUAUAGCAGCAGCAACGGCCGUGACAACGAAAAGCCACAUGAUCAUUUAUCAUGAUUCAUCACCGCAUAACGACACUCAAUUUUACUUUUGGCCCCCAAUUUUUGCUGAGGGUAUGGGUCGACUGAAUCGAAGAACAAAUCGAGACGAAUUUCUGAAUGGGUUGAGUUUGUUAUAUAACCUGCGCUGCUUCUUUGUUUCUUUCUCCGCGAGCUGAUUUUCCCCUUUUACAAAAAAAUUGUUUUUUUCUUUGUUUCCUUGAAAUGAGGGGCUUUGGAUUCUUGUGCUUGUUCAUGUUGAUUGGGACAGCUGCUUUUGUUUACCAUCAAGGAAGAUUCAGCUCUAAUCCAGUCACAAUUGAAGUCAUGGAAGCAAGUGGGAGCAAUGCCAUGACACUGGUACUGAAAAGCAGGAAGCUCAAGGAAAGUAGGGAGCCUCCUACACCGGACGAAGAUGUUCCUCGUCUUAAUUUGGAGGAUUACCGGUCCAUUGAUCCAGUCCCAAAUUCUAAGGCUUCAAUAAGACCCGGACCUGUCCAGCACGGUACUCCUCUAAUGCCUUAUCUCCCCAAUCCUUCGCCCGAUCCCGGUCAACCACAACAUGGUGGCUAACACUUCCUCAUCACUAAUAAUACCACUCCUCUUAGAAUGAUGUAAUAACUAUGAAUUCUAUCUGGUGUUUCCUUCUGCAUAAUUUCCUAAUUAAACCGUAGUAAUUGUAAUAUUUGUGACAGAUAAGUUAGUUUUUUACUCCACUUAUCUGCCACUCUUAUCCUUCUAUGAAAUUAGUGUUUGCAUUUA